AUGAAACAAUUAUUCAAUAUGGUAAGUGCAGCUUUAAAGGAAUUCAUAAUCUCUGCGGGCGCUUUAAAUUCCCCAAAGUUGUUAGUGCAGUCUAGAAUUGUAAAGAAAGUUGAUUUGGAAUCACAUGGGAUAAAUUUCAUUCAUCAUCAUCAUCAUCAGAUCAAGGACAGGCCCAUAUAG